UACCCUGGGCUAGGGCCAGGGUUGAGAGUCCAGACCAGUCUACCAUUGCCUGCCUCGCCGCGCCUGCGCGUAGACGGAGAGAAUCCCGUCUCUCACUGCGCCGCCGCCUGCCUCCGCUAAGGCAGUUCGCCGCCCACACCGACGCUGCAUCGCCGCUGCCGCGUCCUCUACACCGCCGCAGCCUCCAAUUGAUUGACGCACGACCUGCCGACGCGUUCCCCGCCUCCGCUGCAUCGCCCUAGCCGCCUGCUGGUCGAGGUGUCGAGCUCGCCGACGUCGCCCUCCCUCUCCGGCUCUCGUCGCGUGGAUCCUAGCCACAGAUUUUUGUUUUGGCGCAAUUGCACUUAGUUUUUGGCCCAGGGUUUGCUCAAAUCCUGGCUCGGCACUCCUGGUACGCCAUCUAGAUUUGUAAGGUUUACUGUCCUAUAGCUUUGGAAAUGCAUCCUCAUCUCACCCUACACAGGCAUCCUAUGUGUGCUGAGAUUAUUGAAGAAUUCCAGAAGUGCCAUGUGGAUCACCCCUUAAAAAAAUUCUUUGGGGAAUGCACAGAUCUUAAGAUUAAGCUAGAUCGAUGCUUUCGGCAGGAGAAAGCUGUGAAGCGGAAGGCAAACUUUGAAGAGAGCAAGAAAUUUAAAGAACAAUUGCAGGCUUAUAAAAAGGAAAUGGCUGAGAAAGACAAUGAAUCAUAGCUUGCAACAGAGGACAAGGACCUGAUAUCUAAUGCUUUGUUCUGCAACCAAGUGGCUUCCACUUUGUGAAACGAAAUCUCAGAUUUGACUUUAAAUUGUGUGUAGCACACAUAUUUACUGUUAAAAGGUUACAAUUGAUGAAAUAUAGUUCAUAGACUUGAAUUGUUUUUUAGAAGUAUGAAUUCUCUUGUGUGGUUAUGCUACUCCUGUCUUGUCCAUUUUCGGUAGCAUUGGAACCUUUGCUGGAUAUUUGGACAACAAUUGUUGCUACAUGUUGGUGUUGUACUGUGAGGAUUUUUCGUUGGAAAACCUAAUAAUUUGAAACAAUUUCAAGUAAAGGCAGACAAUUUUCUGGUA